GGGUUGCGGACGUUGCGGACGCGUCGCGCGCGCCAAACGUCGGGACGGGGGCGCCACGGAGUCACACAGUCACACUCGCCGCGCCGGGGCCGCCGAGCUUCGGUGGCGAGGAUAUGCAGUGCGUCACAGUGCCGCGACGCGUGUCAACGCCGCCGACAACGUUACCUGGUGCGACUACCUAGUGCAAGUGCAGUGCAGCAGUGCGACAACCAUGGCCCGCGAGUACCCUGCGACGCGGGUGGUGCGCUCGGUGGCGGCCGGUACGACGGCGUGCUGACGGCGUGCUGACGGCGUGCUGUCGGCGUCUCGCACGCCCUGGAACUUCCCUAGCCGCUGCCCCGGUGCCGCGGCCCGGACUGCUCCAGCAUGACGAUGCUCACGGUCUUCGGCGCGCUGCGGAGCGUGGUGCGCACCAACGCGCCCGGAGAGGUGCACUUGUCGUCGCUCUGGUCCGCCCUGCACCACCGCGUCACCGCCGUGCUGCUGCUCUUCCUCAUGCUGCUCGUGUCGGCGCGCCAGUACCUGGGCGAGCCCGUGCAGUGCAUCCAGCAGAAGGACGACCCCGGCGUGCCCGAGCGCGUCAUGAACACGUACUGCUUCAUCGCCACCACCUACACCGUGGUGCGGCCGCGCCGCCAGCUCCAUCUCGGACCCUCCGAUCCUCGCCGUCGCUGGGGACAGCCGAGCGACGCGACCGCCGCGGCCAUGCACCCCGGACUGCAGGGACUGAUGCAGAACCUCGGCGUGGACCCCGCCCUGGACGAGCACGUGGCCGACGUGGCCGACGAGCACGGCGCGUCCGUGCGGCGCCACGCCUACUACCAGUGGGUGCCGCUGGUGCUGGGCAUGCAGGCCGUCAUGUUCUUCGCGCCCUACGCCGCCUGGACCAUGUGGGAGGGCGGCCUGGUGUCCGGGUCGCUGCAAGGACUCCGCCUGCAGGAAGUGGUGGCCUCGGACCAGCGCCUCAAGCAGGUCAAGCUGCUCGCCAAGUACAUGCACGGCACGCUCAACAGCCACCUGCUGUGGGCGUCGGGCUACUGGUUCGCGGAGCUGCUCAACCUGGUGAACGUGGUGGCCAACGCGCUGAUGCUGGACGGCCUGCUUGGCGGCCGCUUCUUCAGCUACGGCGCGCUCGUGCUGGGUGGCUCUGGCGGCGUCCCCGAGACCCCCGCCCACCCGCAGCUGCUGCAGCGGCUGCAGAGGCUCGACCCGUACCCGGACUUCGCGGAGCCGCAGCUAUCGCGACUGGGGCCGGCGGACCCCGCCGACCACCCGGAGGACCCCGCGGACCCCAUGGAGGCCGUCUUCCCCAAGCUCACAAAGUGCACCUUCUUCAAGUACGGCCCGUCCGGCUCCAUCCAACGGCACGACGCGCUCUGCGUCAUGGCGCUCAACGUGGUCAACGAGAAGGUGUUCGUGCUGCUGUGGGUCUGGUUCGCGAUGCUGGUCGUCGCGUCCGUCCUCAUCGUGCUGCGGUCCUGCCUGGCCCUGGUCGCCUACAUCUGCGCCAAGAGGAGCGCCAGCCGGAACAGGCUGACGCUGUGGCUGCUGCUCCGGUUGCUGGGACUGCCCCUGGUUCCGGCGGAAGUGUCCGCGUCCCUGGCGCGCCACUUCGACGCGGGCGACUGGCUGUUCCUCCUGCUGCUGGCCAAGAACAUGCCCCGCGCCGUGUACCGCCCGCUCGCCGCCGAGGUCGCCAUCCUGCUGGACCGCCACGAGGGCGGCGAGGACUCGCUCAAGGGCCCCAGGAGCCCCAAGACCCCCACCGCGCCGGACUCCAAGGAGCUGGACCCCCUGGUCCCUCGGGACGCCCCCGACCCGGUGGUGGUCCCCCUGGCCCAGCCGAGUCCGUUCUGAGGGCGCUUCCUCGGCACCAACGGCCACGACUGGAGUGCGGCAGGGCUCCGCGCGGGACGACCGACCAGUGGACCAGUCGGCCAGUCCUUGCCGGGAACAACAGUCGUCGACUACAGCUCGGCGGCCCCAAGGCCCAAUGCCCAA